AUGUUCGCUGCGACUCACCACCUUGACAGAAAUAUCGCGCAUUGCAAAGCCUGUUCAGACCUUCGGGCGUGCACGUGUUUUAGUCGGCAUUCCCCAUGUCCUUUUAGGACCGCAGUCUUGGACUCGAACGGAAGCAAAGCAAAGCACCCGCAGCCAACACUUGUGCAAGCGCCCGAUCCUUGGCGCGGUCGCAAUCGGGACCUCAUGCAGGCCACGCUGCAAGGCGCCGCGUCGAUGGGCUGCGAGACGCAAACGGCGGCAGACUGCGCGCUCGCAGCCAUCUUCCUCGAGCUGCCCUUCCAGUCGAAGAUCGGUGCUGCUGGCCCGCCCCCAGCCUUGCACAAGCUUCUUGCGGACGCUCGCUGGCAGGAGGCUCCCGUCUACAUGGUGGAUGGCUCAAUUACCAUGUGUUGUUGUCUAGUUGAUGUAGCCUUGCAGACGCGGCGCGGCCGGACAAUGCGGUCCAGGGGCUGCCAAAGCUACCUCAGCGCAGUCUUGCUUGGGUGCGCAGUGGCAUGCAGCUGUGAUUGGUUUGGCCGGUGUUGGAGCCAAGGAAGCAUUGCAGGUGCUGGUGCGAAGAUCCGCUUAGCUCCUCCAUUUGAAGGGCGAGCUACGCAGCUCAACAUCAGACGUCAGGCAGCUAAGGGCUUCCAGAGUGCCAAAGAUGCUGGGCAAGCCCCGAAGCGCAACAAGAACAAAAAGAAGAAGAGGGCGACAAAGAAGGUGGCCGAAAAGAAGGCACCGGCUCCAGCCCCUGAGCCCCCAACUCCCGUGGAAGAAGUCGAUGUCGAUGUCAUCGACCCCAACGAGUCAGACGAAGAUCGCGAGUUCCGAGAGCGCUAUCUGUCGGCCGAGAAGGAAGAAAUGCCAGACUGGCAAAGCGAGAUGAAAGCCGCGAAGACCAAGGAGGAACGAUUCAAGGUUGGCUUGCGAGUGGGCGACUUCGGAACCAGCUAUACAAUUCUUUUCCAAGAAUUGAUUUCGAGUUUUGUCUCCGGAGACAAGGAGCAACUGGAUGAUUUUCUUAUGGACGUCGGGAUUGCGCAAUGGCAGCUUGCCCUCAUCCAAGUGGUCGUGCUGGCCUUCCCGCUUGCCAUCAUCACGUAUUUUCUGGGCUUGUGGAAAUUCUGA